AUGAACCUCACCGUGAACCUCACCAUGAACCUCACCAUGAACCUCACCAUGAACCUCACCGACCUCACCUUGGACCUCACCCUGAACCUCACCGUGGACCUCACCUUGGAUCUCACCCUGAACCUCACCGUGGACCUCACCGUGGACCUCACCAUGAACAUCCCCGUGAACCUCACCACGAACCUCACCACGAACCUCACCAUGAACCUCACCGUGGACCUCACCAUGGACCUCACCGUGGACCUCACAGAGGACCUCACCUUGGACCUCACCCUGAACCUCACCGUGGACCUCACCUUGGACCUCACCCUGAACCUAACCGUGGACCUCACCGUGGACCUCACCAUGAACCUCACCGUAAACCUCACCAUGAACCUCACCAUGGACCUCACCGUGAACCUCAACGUGAACCUCACCGUGAACCUCACCAGGAACCUCACCAUGAACCUCACCAUGAACCUCACCGUGAACCUCACCUCACCAUGA